UUUUUUUUUUUUUUUUUUUCGGAGCUGGGGACCGAACCCAGGGCCUUGCGCUUCCUAGGCAAGCGCUCCACCACUGAGCUAAAUCCCCAACCCCGAAAGUGAUACAUUUGAAGAGGGUAAUUUAGAUCCUUCUGUUUCUAAGAUGAGUCAGUGAGAGAAGCAAGCAAGGUGUGAAGCUCUAUUCCAGCUGCCAUGGAGAACAAUAUGGCAACCCUGUUGUUCCGGAAUCCCGCUUCUAGGGAAACGCCCGAAGAAAAGGAGGGACAUUCUGACACACACUUACAAUGUGGAUGAGGCUGUGUGACAGACGGUUUUACUGAAUGAAAUAAGUCAAUACAACAAAUGCUGUAUGACUGGCCCGGAGAGAUGGCUCAGUUGCUAAGAGCGUAUUCUGCUCUUACAUAGGUCUUAAGUUCUAUUCUUAGCAUGCAUCCUGGGUGGUCACUACUGCCUGCAACUCCAUCUCCAGGACGCCAGAGGCCCCUUGUAGCCUUGACAGGCACUGUAUGCACCUGGUGCUGAGAUAUACUGGUAAAGCAGCCAUACAAACAGAAAAGCAAAUAAACAAAACCAGUGGCGUUAGUGUUGGUAACACAUACCCUGAAAAUUGGAAGGGAAAACGGUGGAUAGCUUCUGAGGGACAACCUUGGAGGUUGGUGAGCUAGCUUCUGGUCUCUACAUAUGCAACAUACACCAGAAUACCAGAACACGCGCGCGCGCGCGCACACACACACACACACACAGACACGCGCGCGCGCGCGCCACGUUCUUGGUGUUUUUUUGUUUGUUUGUUUGUUUUUUUUGUUUUGUUUUAAAGGGGAUUGGCCUGGAACUCACUCGAUAGCCCAGGGUAGCUUUAAAUUUGCAGCAAUCCUCCUGCCUCAGUCUCUCACAAGCCACAAUACUCAUCAUAAAAUGUUUUAAAUUUUUUUUUUCCGGAGCUGGGGAUCGAACCCAGGGCCUGGCGCUUCCUAGGUAAGCGCUCUACCACUGAGCUAAAUCUCCAGCCCAAAUGUUUUAAAUUUUAAAAUUGGCUCCAACUCAAAAAAAAUCUAAGAAAAAAGGAAAGAGACCCCCUUCAAUCCUCUGCCAAAGGGGCUUCUUCCUUUCCUUUUGUAGGGUUUAUUUUUAUUAUUUGUGUAUGCCACAUGUGCAGGGGGAGGGAAGAGGUGGAGCUGUAACUCCUGGAGCUGGAGGUGCAGAAUGCUGGGAACAGAAUUUCAGUUCUCUGGAAGAGCAACAAGCAGCAAUGUGAGGGAGCUCUGAAAACUGAAGAGAAAACCUGUAACAGAAGAGAAAACCUACUUCCCAAGUCCUCUAGUGUCAGAAUGUGGAGAUCCUUUUAUCCCUUCAGCUGUAACAGAGAGAUGAUCACAAUGUGAAUUCCUUUAGGUGCCCGUUUGGUGUCAUCUGGCUUCGUUCUGACUAUGAUCCUGAACAGGAAAGGUGUUUUGUUUUGUUUAAGGAAGCAAAGACUAUCAAUAGAUUUUCUUAUUGCGUGAAGAAGAUAUGGAGAGGAAACAGUUGGCGCUCUAACUUCCUCGACUGCUGAUGGAGAUAACCCGCCAGGCCUCCCACUCUGAGGCGUAAGGCGUCGCGAGGGUAAGACCGACGCAGAGUUCCCAAAAAUGUACCGAAUGACUGCGUCCAUCACAACUACGCCCCACCCCCAGAGGGCAAAUAUAGCACCAAUCAUCAGCGCACAGGGCGGGCUCAGGGGAGGAGCCUGCUGUUGCCCCAGCAACAACCCGGGAACCCUAGGAGAGCGAGGCUGCGGACCUAUCUACCUCAGGUCUUCCUCCGCCUGGAAGGGCCCGGGCGGGGCGCGAGACUAGCCUCGGCGGCGGCCGCAAAGAGGAAGAGGCCAGGCCCAUGAACUACCAUCCCCGAAGCAGCUUUCGCUUCUAACGGUCAAGUACGCAGAGAGCCAUGGCCGAAGUGCACGUGAUCGGGCAGAUCAUAGGGGCCACGGGUUUCUCUGAAGGUAGCCUCUUCUGCAAGUGGGGCAUCCACACAGGGGCCGCAUGGAAGCUCCUGUCAGGCGUCCGGGAAGGCCAGACGCAGGUAGACACACCCCAGACAGGGGACAUGGCUUACUGGUCCCACCCCAUUGACCUGCACUUUGCUACAAAAGGUCUCCAAGGUUGGCCUCGACUUCAUCUCCAGGUGUGGUCCCAGGACAGCUUUGGCCGCUGCCAGCUUGCUGGCUAUGGCUUUUGCCAUGUGCCUAGCAGCCCAGGCACUCACCAGCUGGACUGCCCUACAUGGAGGCCCCUGGGUAGUUGGAGGGAGCAGCUAGCACGGGCUUUCGUGGGUGGCGGGCCACAGCUGCUGCACGCAGACACCAUCUACAGCGGGGCCGACCGCUACCGCCUGCACACGGCCGCGGGUGGCACAGUGCACCUUGGUAUCGGUCUGCUGCUGCGCCACUUUGAUCGCUACGGUGUGGAGUGUUGAGGGACUUCACUGCCACCAGUCACCAUCAUCCACAGCCCUGCGCACACGACGGCACAGCAGUGAAACAGGCACAUAGACUCUGGAGACUGUCAGUCCUGAUCUCACCCAAGUCAUGGCCCUUAUGCCAUGGACUGCAAGGCCAGGAACUACCCCUGUGGCCCAUGCUCCACUGAAUUACCGGGUAAAAGUCUGUGAGUUGGAGGGACUUGAGGAGAGCAUGCUGUUUGGCACUGUCAGGGGCACUUAAUAAAAGCAUGCAUUUCUCAUA